AUGGGAGAGGACGCUGUUCAAGCUGAAAAGUUCCAACACCCGAGUGCUGAUAUGCGGCAGGAGAAACCAUCCAGCUCUAGCCCGGUGCCCUCCUCCACGCCUAGCCCCAGCCUGAACCUAGGGAGCACAGAGGAAGCCAUCCGGGAUAACUCACAGGUGAACGCUGUGACGGUGCUCACACUCCUGGACAAAUUGGUGAACAUGCUGGACACUGUACAGGAAAACCAGCACAAGAUGGAGCAACGGCAGAUCAACCUGGAGGGUUCCGUGAAGGGCAUCCAGAAUGACCUCACCAAGCUCUCCAAGUACCAGGCCUCCACCAGCAACACUGUCAGCAAGUUGCUGGAGAAGUCCCGCAAGGUCAGCGCCCACACCCGGGCAGUUAAGGAGCGUAUGGAAAGACAGAGCUUGCAGGUGAAGCGGCUGGAGAACAACCACGCCCAACUCCUCAGACGCAACCAUUUCAAAGUCCUCAUCUUCCAGGAAGAAAAUGAAAUCCCUGCCAGUGUGUUUGUGAAAGAGCCGGUUCCCAGUGCAGUGGAAGGGAAGGACGGGCUCGCAGAUGACAACAAGUCCCUGGAGGAAACCUUGCACACGGUGGACCUCUCAUCAGAUGAUGAAUUACCCCACGAUGAAGAGGCCCUAGAAGACAGCGCUGAGGAGAAGAUAGAAGAAAGCAGGGCGGAGAAGAUAAAAAGAUCCAGCCUCAGAAAAGUAGAUAGCCUCAAGAAAGCAUUUUCACGCCAGAACAUCGAGAAAAAGAUGAACAAGCUGGGGACAAAGAUCGUAUCCGUAGAGAGGAGGGAGAAGAUUAAGAGAUCACUCACUUCCAAUCACCAGAAAAUCUCCUCAGGAAAAAGUUCCCCUUUCAAGGUUUCUCCGCUCAGUUUUGGUCGUAAGAAAGUCCGAGAAGGAGAAAGCCCCAUGGAAAAUGAGACCAAAUCAGAAGACAUGCUUGGCAGUGACCAGCUACUGAAUGACCACGAGGAGAGCUCCAUAGCAGAGGGGCUUUCUGAAGCAUCCCUGGUGGAAGAGAAGAACACAGAGGGGGAAGCUGAGAAAGCAGCCAUGAGAGGGACUAACUCAGGGAAGGGCAGUAAUAUCGACUUGACCAUUGCAGAAGGUGAAGAAGAGGAAGCAGUGGCUCUGGAAUACCCGCAGAAGACACACUAUGAAGGUGGCUACAUGCAAACCCCUGAGGAGACUGAGCAGUUGGAUGACGAACCUGUGCAGCCGGCUGUGCUCCAAGUAGACCAGACGGCCUAA